AUGUCCAAGGUGUCCCUUCCGCCGGGUGACGGCUUUGACGUGGCAGGCUUGGAAGCGGUGGCGACGGCGGACAAUGUCGGGGCGCCGGUCAAGCAGUUUGCGGUCCAAAUCCGUGAUGUGGUCUUCGGCGAGCGAUGUGCGCUUGUUCAGCCGUGUAAUCUGUACGAGUGCCGUCUUGGCGACGAUGUUUUUGUCGGCCCGUUCUCCGAGAUCCAGGCCGGCGUGGUCAUCGGCAAUCGGACCCGCGUCCAGUCGCACACCUUUGUGUGCUCGCUCGUCACCAUCGGCGAUGACUGCUUUAUCGGCCACGGCGUCAAGUUCAUCAACGACGCCUUUUCCGACAUGCGCGUCGCUUUUGCCGACGAGGCCCACAAGUGGGAGGCGACAACUCUCGGCAACAACGUCCUCAUCGGCACGAACGCUACCAUCAUGCCCGUCAACAUCUGUGACAACGCCGUCAUCGGUGCUGGCUCGGUCGUCACCUCGGACAUCACAGAGCCCGGAUUUUACAUGGGUGUCCCGGCCGUCCGCAUAGGCGACCCGCCUCCGGACGACAAGCGCCGCAAGGCCAUCGACACCGACGACCACUAG